AGGUGUGUUGUGUCAUUGUCCUGUUGAAAAAACAAAUGAUAGUGGAACUAAGCCCAGAUGGCCCAGACCAGACUUUCUGUGACAUACUGAAGCUACCAAUAUGAGCGGAAGAGGCAAAACCGGAGGCAAGGCCAGGGCGAAGGCAAAGACACGUUCAUCCCGUGCCGGGCUCCAGUUCCCCGUGGGCCGUGUGCACAGGCUGCUGCGCAAAGGCAACUACGCCGAGCGUGUGGGCGCUGGCGCACCAGUCUACCUGGCCGCAGUGCUCGAGUACCUGACUGCUGAGAUCCUGGAGUUGGCCGGAAACGCUGCCCGUGACAACAAGAAGACUCGUCCUUCUGUAGCUCAGUUGGUAGAGCAUGGCGCUUGUAACGCCAGGGUAGUGGGUUCGAUUCCCGGGACCACCCAUACGUAGAAUGUAUGCACACAUGACUGUAAGUCGCUUUGGAUAAAAGCGUCUGCUAAAUGGCAUAUAUUAUUAUUAUU